AUGAGUAAGUCCACUACAAUAUUAAAUUUUUUCAAAAGAAAAAAUCUAAAUAAUUCUAAAGUCAUAACUGAUGAUGCAAGAUUGCCAACCCCUAGCGUUGAUGUCCCAAUUUCUAAAAAUCUCCAAACAAAAGUUCCAAAUGUCACCAUUGAUGAAAGUACAGGUUUUGUACGUGAUCCUGGAAUGCAUAAGCAAAUAUGGGAAUAUGAUGCUAAUGAACGGGAUGAAAUUCGACGAGCUUAUGUUAAGCUUGGUCCAUACCAGCCUAAACUAGAUGAGGACAAGAAAACUAAAUUUGGAAGUCAUUCUCGUAAAUUUAAACAUUCAUGGUUUGCAAUUAAGGCAUUUAGUACAUGGCUUGAAUAUUCACCUAGUAAAGAUGCUGCUUUUUGUCUACCAUGCUUUCUCUUUGACAAGCCAACUGGGAAUUCUAGGAGUCAUAUAUUCACUAAGGAUGGAUUUCGGAAUUGGAAGAAAGUUAAUGAUGGAAAUAAUUGUUCCUUUUUGAAUCAUAUGGGGAAAGAACCUAACUCUUUUCACAGAGCUUCGGAGCAAGCCAUGAUAGAUUUGAUGAACCAGUCUCAACACAUACAAAAGGUACUUGAAAAUUUCAAUUCUGAUCAAAUUGCAAGCAAUCGAUUGCGGUUAAAGGCCUCAAUUGAUGUUUUCAAAGUGCUUACAUUUCAAGGACUUGCUUUUAGAGGACGAGAUGAAAGUUCUGAUUUAAUUAAUCGUGGGAAUUUUCUUGAAAUAUUGGAUUUUGUGGUAUCAUAUAAUGAAUAUGUUGCAGAAGCGAUAGAGAAAGCUCCCAAAAAUGCCUCUUACAAAUCACCAAAAAUCCAAAAAGAAAUCUUACAUGUAUUUUCAAACAAGGUGAAAAAGGCAAUUCAUGAAGAAAUUGGUGAUGCAAAGUUUUGCCUAGUUGUUGAUGAAGCUCGUGAUGAGUCAAUGAAGGAGCAAAUGGCUAUUGUUAUAAGAUUUGUAGACAAUGAUGGUUUUGUUCGAGAAUGUUUUUUUGGGGUAGUUCAUGUCCCCAAUACUAUGACAUUAACCCUAAAAGAUGAAAUAUAUUCUAUCUUAUCACAUCAUAGUCUUGAUAUUCAAGAUAUUCGAGGGCAAGGAUAUGAAGGUGCAAGCAAUAUGCGAGGUGAGUGGAAUGGAUUAAAAGCUUUGGUUUCAAAUGAUUGUCCAUAUGCUUACUACAUUCAUUGUUUUGCAUAUCGCUUGCAAUUAGCAUUAGUGGUAGCAUCAAAAGAAGUUAUUGUUGUUCAAAGUUUUUUUAAUAGAUUAUCAUCUAUUGUCAAUGUUGUUGGUGCUUCAUGCAAGCGUACUGAGCAACUAAAAAAAGCUUAUGCUGAUCAAAUUGCAUAUUUUGUUGAAAUUGGUGAGCUUGAAACUUGA